AUUUUCCUCCGAUGGCAAAAGACAAGAAACUCACUCACAAGGUCAUAUAACAAAGUAGAAAAGAACGAUAACCCUGUUCCGGAUCUUAUUACGUCGGAAUCCACAAAACCAGAUUUUAGACUUACCUACACUCCUAUUCACGCAGACGCUUUGUUUGAGUGGGACAAGGAAGGGUUAAUUCGUAGAGAAAAUAGAAGAGUAAGACCCUAGCUUCCAGAAUCCUUCUCAAAAGAAAAACCCAAGAUUCAGAACAAUAAAAACUUACAAAGCUUACCAAUGAUGGUUACCGGUGACAAGAAACGUAGUCAUAUUAGUCAUAUUGGUCAUUCUGUGUAUUCUCCCCCUCCUCCUCCAAAUACAUCUCUAGGCAUGAGGGAUCUUUUAACACCACCCAAUACGCCACUUGGCCAACGAACUACCCUAGGAACAACCAUUGAUGAAGACUUAGAGAGUCGAGCAGACUUGGAUAUCCCUGUUGCCCCAAGAACUGCACCUUCAUUUAAUUCAAGGACUAAUCACUCCUUGUUAAAUUCGAAACAAAAUUCGGAAUUUGAAACUGUCAAAUCUAUCUCUUAUGACGAUAAACUAGAGAAGCCAGAUCUUGCCCUGGUUUUAGCUGAUCCAUGCUCUCAAGAAAUUUGGGGAUCGUUUCACAAACAUAAAGCUAAGUUAAUAAAAAGUGGAGUAAUUUCACUAAAUCGAUCAAAAACUGUGUACGCUAAUCCGAUCUCGUCACAGAAAAUGUUGACACCAAGAGACCAUAAAGCAAUAGACGAAGUACAAAAAGCACAGAUAGUUGGAAAAGGGCGUCUUCUUCUUGAACGCAGUUCCACUCGAAUAAGCGUUGGUUUCUCGGACUUCCAAAAACAAAAUUCAUACCUUCCUGAAUAUGCCAAACCCAACACUGCUAUUGGUGGUACAAGGGAAGUAUUCCCGGAAGUAAUAGGCUCUGCAAAAUCUCGAGCCCGAUCCGAUAUUAUAGACUUCGAAAGGAAAGGUGUUCCUAAGUUACCACAAAUGACAAUAGAGCCAAUCAGACAAGACACAGAAUCUGAGAUAGAUAUUCCCGAUAUGCCGCCAUCUCCAACUGCAUACGAGGGGCUGAUUGUUGAAGAUGAAACGCCAAUGAUGCGGAUCAGAAUCACGACUUCAUUAAAACAUUAA